GAAGCCCCCUGCUGUCUCGCCCCCCUCCGCGGGCAGCGCUGCUCCUGCCGCCGCCGCAGCCCCCGCCGCCCCAGCCAUCCCCUCCGCCUCCGUCGUUUGCAUCGGGGCCGCAGCCGGGCCGCCGCCCUCGCCCGGGUCUCCAUUUCCCUACCGCUCCUCCGAUGACACCCUCUUCUCCUCGAAGAUGGCUUCGAAGGGCACACACAGCACCCACCUGAAGCUGGAGAGCGAGCUGGAGCGCUGCCGCGCCGAGGGCCACUGGGAGCGGGUGCCCGCCCUCGUCUUUCAGCUGCAGAGCAUCCCCAAUACCAGCGCCGGCGGCCGGCGGGCCGGCACCCGGAGCGUCUCCCUCGCCAAGCAGGACAUCGAUGACUUUGGGAAGCUCCUCCUUGCCGAGGCCAUGCUGGAGCAGUGUUUGAAGGAGAAUGUUAGGGACCUAAAAGAUUCCAUCCCUUUGUUGGAGAAGAACCAACCCAAAAUGUAUGAAGCCAAAAAAUACCUGACUAGUAUCCUCAACAGGGGGAAAUUGUCGCCACAGCAUAUGCGAGAGGCCAUGCUGAUCCUGGGAAAGCUGCAUUACGUGGAGGGGUACUACAGGGAUGCGGUCAGCAUGUAUGCACGGGCUGGCAUUGACAACAUGUCUGUGGAGAACAGGCCUUUGUACCACAUGCGGCUGGUGACCGAGGCGUUUGUCAUUAAAGGCCUGUCCCUGGAACGCUUGCCCAGCUCCAUCGCCUGCCAAGCCCGCCUUAGUGAGAGGGAAGAAGAAGCCAUCUCCUGCUUUGAAAGGGCAUCCUGGAUUGCUCAGGUGUUUCUGCAAGAGCUGGAAAAGACCACAAAUAAUAUCCAUCCAAGGAGCCUGAAGAACAGCAGCCUGACCGUGCCUGAAUUUGAGCUGACGUUCUUCCUGGAAGCAGCCCUCCAGAGCGCCUAUGUGGCCAGGUUACGAAAGGGGGACAUUGUGAAGGGCAUGAGUGAGCUGCGUGAAGUCCUGCGGAUUGUGGAGACUCGAGCAACCCAGAACUUCAAAGUGACGGCCGCAAAGCAGCUGGCAGGAAUACUCCUGCAUUCCCUGAGUGAGGACUGCUACUGGGGUCCCCUGUCACACCCUCUGCCGGAGUUUAUGGGUAAAGAGCAGAAUUCCUUCAUCACCCAGCCUCUCAGGAAGCCUGAUCUCUAUGUUGGAGACAAUCUCUACUGCCCAAAUGACAACAUCGAGGAGGCUUUGUUGGUUCUUCUCAUCAGUGAAUCCAUGGCAACCCGGGAAGUGGUUCUGAGCCGUUCGCCAGAGCAGAAAGAAGACCGGACUGUCAGUCUCCGGGACGCCUCCACAGUCUACGACCUUCUGAGUAUCACGUUGGGCAGAAGAGGGCAGUAUGUCAUGCUCUCUGAGUGCCUGGAACGAGCCAUCAAGUUUGCCUGUGAAGAAUUCCACCUCUGGUAUCAGCUGGCCCUCUCCAUGGUGGCUUGUGGGAAGUCGGCAUAUGCUGUGUCAGUGCUAAAGGAAUGCUCAAAGCUUCGCCCUUGUGAUCCCACUGUGCCCCUCCUGGCUGCCAAGGUCUGCAUCGGGUCCCUGCACUGGCUGGAGGAGGCAGAACAGUUUGCCAUGAUGGUCAUCAACCUACAGGACAAAGCCGGGGAGUUCCUCCCCAAAGGUUAUCUGGCACUGGGUCUCACCUACAGUCUCCAGGCAACAGAUGCAACACUGAAAUCCACACGAGAUGAAUUGAACAAGAAAGCCCUUGAGACACUAGAGAGAGCUGAGAGCCUGGCCCCCGAUGACCAUCAGAUCAUUCUCUAUGUCUCCCUGCAGCUGGCCCUUGUCAGACAGAUCUCUGAUGCCAUAGAGCAUCUGCAACAGGCUCUGAACAUACGCAGAGAUGAUGUCCACUCCCUACACCUCCUGGCGCUCCUCUUCUCAGCCCAGAAGCACUACCAGCAUGCCCUGGACAUCAUCAACAUGGCAGUCACGGAGCACCCAGAAAACUUCAAUGUGAUGUUCACCAAGGCGAAGCUCGAACGCGUCUAUAAAGGCCCAGAGGAAGCUCUUGUGACGUGCAGAAACAUGCUGCGCAUAUGGCAGUCUUUACACAGUAUCUCUCUGCCUGGGGGCUCUGAAAAGGACGGCAGCCUCACUGAGGUGCCAGCACUAAAGAAGCAAGGUGGAAUGCAUUUGACCCUGCCGGAUAACUAUGAGGAGGAAUCAGGCUCUCAUGCUGCUUCCUCCAUCGCAGCAUCCCGCCUGGAGGAGGCCAUGUCUGAACUAACAGUGCACAACUCAGCGAUGAAGCAGGGAUCCAUGCAGAUGUGGACCACACUGGAAAGGAUCUGGCUCCAGGCCGCUGAACUGUUCAUGGAGCAGCAUCACCUCAAAGAAGCAGGCUUCUGCAUCCAGGAGGCAGCGGGCCUCUUCCCCACAUCCUAUUCUGUGCUCUACAUGCGGGGGAAACUGGAGGAGGUAAAAGGCAAUUUGGAGGAGUCGAAACAACUAUAUGAUGAAGCCCUGACCAUCAACCCUCAUGGGCAGAAAAUCAUGCACAGCUUGGGUCUCAUGCUCAGCAGACUGGGUCGGCAGGACCUGGCCCAGAAGGUGCUGAGAGAUGCUAUCCAGAUCCAGACCACCAGUCAUGAGGCAUGGAAGAGCCUGGGCGAAGUCCUGCAGGCCCAGGGCAAUAGUGAAGCCGCUGUGGAGUGUUUCCUCACUGCCCUUGACCUGGAGGCCAGCAGUCCUGUGGUGCCUUUCACCGUCAUCCCCCGGGAGCUCUGAUUCUACCAAAGCACCGAGGGGCUCCGUGCUAACGUAGCUGUCCCGUGGGAGCAGGUGCCCUGGCUGCAGAAGGCAAGGAGAAUAUAGCCUUAGGGAACAUCACUGUCCCUGUCUCCACGUGUCUGCUGGGUGCUGCCCACUGAGAGCUAGGCUGGAAUAUCCUUGCACCUUUGGGCUCCGAGGGAAAAGAUGAGAUUUAGCCUGACAUUUGUAGGAGAGAAAGGCUAAAGCCACCAUGUCUGUAUGGUUGGGGGAGAGGGAAAGGGGUGUCUGUAUUCAACGUGUGUGCAUACGUGUGCACUGGGAGUAGAUGUCUGUGUAUUUGUUGGGUGUGUGCUGGAAGUGCAUGUGUAUUCUGCGUGUUUGUAGUGAGUGUGUGUACCCGUGUAUAAAAGUCCUCGGCACCGUCUUUGCUCUUCCUCCACACCCCCAGCCCAGGAAUCCAUUCCAAACAGUCAUGGUACGCUGAUUUCCAACUCAGUAGCAAAAGCAUUUUUUUUUGUUCCAAAGUUUAGCUUUCUUCCUUUCCUAAAGUGGGAAAAGACCAAAGAUAUAUAAUCCCAGAAGACCUCUGUGGUUGAAAGGGAAGAUGAUUUUUUUUUCCUGUUUUUCCUGCCUUUGAAAGCCUGGUGGGGGAGAUCUCUGCCAUGGUUCCUGAUGCUGCUGCAUGGUCUGGCUCCAUCAGACCUUAGGAGAUGCUAGUAUUCUUCAUUCUGGGUCCCUCACUUGCCCCAAUCUGCUGCACUAGGAAUCGGGAGUAGGAAAAGAGGAUAUUAGGAGGAGCGUUUAGACCUUUCAGUCCACACAGGCUUGUGUAGGUUGGACUGUCCCAGAGGCAGUGGGCAUCAGAAGUGUUCUCUUUUCUAAAUGCUGGGUUUAAGUAAUUUUGUACUGUUUUCCCCCAUGUUUGUCUUGGGGUCCCAGAGGUGUUUACACUCUUCUUCUGCCAUGAGUGGAGGCCAAGCUAGAUGAUUUUUUUUCCCUAAUACAUUGUAAUGAAACUGGGCCCUCGGGUCUUUUCCAGGGCCAGAUCCCUGCCAUGUUGCCUCUAAAAUGAGUCUGCUGCUCAAUCAUUAAAAAAUGGGAGGAGAAUUGGAAAUUGGAGCCCUUUGGGACUUGGAACUACUCAGGAGACUUCCUCCUUCUGUCCCAUUAAGAUUACAGUAGAGGAGGUAGACUAUUCCAUCCCUCCUCCCUCCUAUUUUCCAGAGAUGUUCUUGGGUGGAAUCUUCAACUGCACAAUCAUAUUUUGGAUGCUUGAUAUCAUAUAUGCACUUACCCAAGGGCCCUGCCAAAAAUACUGUUUGUCCCAUCCCCAACUGCUCGGAUGGGAUAUAUUCUUCCUAGAAGACUUCCUCCCUUGCCCCCAAAAUGUGGGUUGUUGGACCUACAGAGAGAGGCUGAGUCCACUGCACAGAUCCCAUAACAGGGCCAGGCCUUUGUCUAAGCUAAGGAUGACAUCUCUGGGCAGGUCAGGAAAUAUGGAACACAAGCUUGGGGACCCCUAAGCAGAGGGAGUUGGGGUGUCCUACACAAUGAGAAGGAAAGAGCAGGACCUUUUGAGAUGAUACCUUUUCCCUUACCUCACCCACCUGUGGUCUGGCUCUGAGCACCAACCCACAGCUCGCCCAGCCCCCCAUCCUGGGACUACCCAUUGUCCAUGGGCAACUUCUUUGGCUGAAGACUUUUUCCAAGCAACCUAAGCCCUGUCCUGUAGGGCCAGGCAUUUCCCCUGUAUUCCUAAAUUAACCUAACAGCAUUCCCCUGCCCGUGGCCAGUGUUGGUGUUGAUAGAAUCAUUCCAGGGGUGCCUGAAAAGACCUAAGCUACCCCCCCCACAAGAAGGGGGGCUCCCUAAACCAUGUCCCCAGACUUAAGCUUUGUGAGCUUUCUCUGAGGGAGCAGUGCCUUAAUGUACAUAGAGGAUUCCCUUGUUUAUCAUAAGCCAGGUACUUAGGAAACUGGAAGGGUUUUUGGAAGUGAAUGGGGAGAUACUGGAUAUUUUCCCAGCCAGCUAAGCCAGCCCUGGGGCGAGGACAGCCCAGGACCUGCUUCAGUCCCGGCCAAACUCUUGUGUCAGGUACUGCUAGUUAACUCCCCAAGACAGCUUGUCAACAGGCUACCUCUGACCCAAGGCUCUCCUCACCUCGAACAUCACUAUUGAUUGGAGGCCACGCACAUCCCCCCACCAACCUCAGCAGCCAGCGAGACCCAGUCUCCCCUGAGUGAGAAUUUCCCUAAGUUCAUUUCCAAUGAGCACCAGGAGGGGAGGGAGAGGGAAUUUUUUUUAAAAUCAGAGGUAUAGUCCUUUUCCUUUUUACUGGAAGUCAUAGGGAACCAUGAGUUUUUCCAGCCCAGCUCUCCCCUUCCCACCUCCCACCCCUCCCAAAGCACCAGGAGCAGAAAUGUUAUAGGAUGAGCCUCUCUAGGGGUAUGGGUGAUAACUGAGCAAUAAACCCCAUCAGAGGCUUUGCCAUUUCCUGCCCAGGAAGUACUGGGACACUUUUCUUAGGGGAAGAAGUCAUGAAUCUUUUAGCCUUUCCUGCAUGGACCCCUGAUCCUGUCCAGAGGUAAGAGGCACAGAGACCCCUCAGGGCAGGUCAUUAUUUUGACUUUCAGGUUGGCCUUGGUUAAAAGCUCCCUGUCCCACUUCCCUAUAUACAGACAUAUGUACAUGUAUACAUAUAUAUGUGUAUAUAUAUAUAUAUGAGAUAGAGAUCUAUUUUUGUUCUUGGAAUUCUAUUGUUUAAAAAAAAAAGGAAAAAAUGUACUACUGAUUUACCUUGGGCUUUCCAAAGAGAUGCUGAUAAUUGUAUGAUGGCAUUAAAUAGAAAAGCACCA